CAUGGCAAAUAACAGCCAGCUGAAUCCAGAACAAUGUGGUUAUUAUCCUCGUUAAUCCCUUUCAUUAUAAUCCAGUUCAAAACACAAAUCCAGCUCAUUACAGCCACAUUGUGACUCUUCAGAAAAAGUGACACACUAACAAAAGUGAUUUUACACCUUCACUUGUGUUGAAUCCUCUGCCUGAGCAGAGAAGAGGAAGAGCUUUCCAGCAGAACCAAACUCAGGAACAGCAGCCAUCUGCGUCAACAAGUUGGAGGUGCAGAGAAGCCAAUUAACACCAUGACAGGAGGCCAGAGACGCCUGCUGCUGUCCUACUGGGAGGGACAAGGAAGGACAAGUGUUGAUAAUGGCAAUAGUGGUAUGAAGAAUAAAGACAGUGUGGAGGUGAUCUUCUCAGCAACCAGAUGUUUUAGAGCAACAUCUGCUCCCAUCCAGACAACGUCUCUUUCAGGGAAGGUCUUGCAGGUUUGGUAGUACUCGUACUCGCGUAGCUCAUCGGGGACAGGGUCAUGUCUUCAGGUCCAUGCAGUCCGGAUUGGUCCAGGCCAGGAACUGCUGGGAUCUCUGCAGGCAUUCGUGGAGCAGAGACGCUUGCAGGCACCGUUCAUCAUCACAUGUGUGGGCAGUGUUACCAAGGCAACGCUGCGGCUGGCCAAUGCCAUGGCAACAAAUACAAACCAGGUGAUGCACCUCAGUGGACGAUUUGAGAUUGUCUCUCUGGUCGGGACGCUCAACCAGGAUGCCCAUCUCCACAUUAGCCUGUCAGACUUGGAGGGCCGGACCAUUGGCGGUCACGUCCUAGGGGGUCUGGAGGUGUUCACCACAGCUGAGGUUGUUAUUGGUGAGGCGGUGGACCUGCACUUCAGCAGAGAGAUGGAUGAACGGACGGGCUUCCCUGAGCUGGUGGUCCAAACACGUUCAAACUCAGACAAAUAAGCCAGCCUGGACCUGAAGUUCUCAUCAGUAAUCUCUUCAUUUUGUCCACAAAUGCCAAAUCCUAUUCAUUUAAUUUCUGGCAUGUUUAGAAUUACUGAAUGACGCACAGCUUUGGUGCGUACAGGCUAUCAGUGCCAGAGCGGAGGAUGGGAUGAACACGGAAAGCUGGAUGUCACUAAUAAAAAGUUCUGGUAUCCGG